AUGUGCACUCACCGAGCUGCCCUGCCUGCCGGCCGGCUCCGCUCCCACUCAGGCUUGUGGCAUGCGGCGUGGCCCUGUUGCCCUGUGGCCCCGUGGCCCGGCCGGGGCGCUGAGUACGGCCCCCUCCCUCCUUCCGUGCGUCCCGCCGGGUCCCCCCCUCCCCGGCCCCGCCCCCGCGGGCUGCCCCACCCCCGCAGGCCACCGCAGCCGCUGCCAAGGCAACAGCGAGCCGCCGUCACGUGGCUGGCCCUUGGGGGCGCUACGGACCACGUGAUCUGGCUGGCCAGGAGGGGAGGGGAGGGGCGGGACUCGCUGCCCCUCCUGCCUUACACCCCAGCUUCGGGGAUCCGUUCUAGCCUGGACCACCCGGCCGGAAGCCGGGGAGCGGAAACCGGUAAAAGGUGCGCAUCUCUCCCGUUUCCCCGGCGGGCGUGCCGUGGGCCACAGUGCACUCGGAUUGGCGCUGCCGCGAAGGGGGCCGGAAGCCUGGGCAUCCCUCGCUUUCACCAUCCUCCCUUCCUUUUCCCCCCAGCCGCGCGGGCGCCCGGCCCUGACGACGGAACACAGGACGAUGUGGUCGCGCUUCUCUGGGUCCCUGGAUCUGGACAACAGGUCCAGGACAGGGUGAGCCCUGCUCGGCCCGAGUGCGUGGGUCUGAGUAGAGGAAAGGAGCACAGAAUCCCCAGGAUCUGGAGCUCCUUAAAGGCAAGGCCUGUGUCUUGCUCACCAUCAUCCCCACUGCUGAGCCAGGUACACUCAGGAAACCUUCAGAUUAAGCUUUCGGGCAUGUUCAACAAUUUGCUAUAUUCUGUGGAAAAAGAAAACUGCUUCAGGACUUGUACCGGGGUGUUCUCUUGACUGAAAUAUAUUAAAAUACGGUAACGGUAGCUCACUUAAA